UAUUCCAACACGGAUAGUACCGUUGUCUUAUACAGCCGUAGGACGUCUGAUGGAUGUGCGCCCCACAUGUACUCAUUUUGGCGGAAAUGGAAGCUUCUGUAGGAGGAUGUCCUGAACCAACUUAUGGUCUAUUCAAAAGAAAUGUAAUAUUUCUUCGAGGUUUUCAAAGGCCAUUUCCACAAACAUACAAACAAUUACAAGAAUUGCUUAACAAUGACACUCAUCAAAAUAAAACACAACACUUAAAAUUCGAAGACACUACGUUACAAGAACACUAUAGUACAGUUCACAAAAACCAAAAACAUGCACAAUGCACUGAACAUACGAAAAAGUGGUUAAGCACUCACACGUACAAGUUUCGUAAGAUUGAGUGGCUGGGUGUUAAGCUCUUUUCCCUUAGUUUGUGAGUAAUCAGCCUAACUUUUACAUCCAUCAUAGGGAUAUCUGUGAUAUCAUGAAUUCUCCCCGUUGCUGUACGUUGAGGAUCAACUUAAGGAACUUAUUUUGAUUUUUUUGUACUGCCAACAUAUCACUGACGAAGCAACGUCCCCAUACAUUGCCACCCUGGGGCACCCCAGCACAAUUCGGAAAUGGCUCAGAUCGAAUUGAGCCAAUCUGAACAACCGACGUGCGCUGUUCAAAAUAACUCUGUUUUAUCUUAACCAGAUAACCAGGGAGGCCUUGUGCAGAGCCCAUCAUGCCAAACAUUGUCAAAUGCCUUCUCGAUGUCGAAGAGAGCCAUAGUGGAUUUACCUUGCCACUUGGCGGCAUCAACUGUCCAGGGCACGUUGAAGCUGAUGGGCAGCAGAAUGCUCCCUCCUGAAGCCCAACUGUACUUCCGCUAGGGUGUCGAUGGCAGCACAAUGUGCCUCCGCUCGGGCGUGAAUUAUCCGAUCAAAGAACUUGCUAAGUGCGCUAAACAGGGAGAUUGGCCGGUAGCUUGAAGUCAAACAAGGAUCCUUUCCCGGCUUUCUAAUCGGCACAAUCUUCCCACAUUUCCACCGUUGGGGAAAGUAUUCCAAUUCCAAGCAUCUAUCAAAAAUGGCCGUCUACAGUGCAAUAUUCCUAUUUCCAACGUAUUUAGACAAAACGUAGAACACUUUGUCACAUCCAGGACUCUUGUAUGACACGGUAUGCCUUAUGAGCAUGCGGACCCCUGCCGGCCAAAAUGUACGAAUAAGCAAGCUGUCAAACCGAUCAGCCUAUACUUUCCGUGUGUGGCUAUGUAUGUUGUCACAGAUGUGUCUGUGUUCCAUGUUGUCAUCGCAUUUCAGCUGUGUUUGGUUGUACCUAGCGUGAUUUGGUGGUAAAGCAUAACAAAAUUUCUUAGGUUUCAGUCAACAGUUCGGUUUGUUUAAAAAGAAGCUCAAAAAUGAACCGAAACGCGUCACAUUUUAAUAGACUACGUGCUACGGGUCAACUUUACAACAUGCCAGCACGAAGGGAAGCUUCGGAAAGAGCUGCUAAACAACAACCCGGCAAUGCUGUUCCUCCCGAUUCUACAAAUGGUUCUUUUCUUGUGGAAGAAAACGAAACAAUUGAUGGUGUUCCGAUUAUGGAAGUACCGGAUGAUUAUAUCGACAACACGAAUGAAGCAUCAGAUUUCGACGAAGAAAAUAACUGGCUGAGCCUAGAUGAUGGUGAUGAUGAUGACAAUGAUGGUGAAGUGAUAACUUUUUCCGGUGGUGUAUCUCAGUUGCGGGGCAUGCAAUUGCAAGAAGCUUUGCAGUAUUGGGCACUAACAACAUACAAACCGCGGUCAUCGGAAUGUAAAAGUACCAGACAACAUUAGCAUCAAUAUGUCAAUCGAUGGAUUGCCAUUGUUCAAAGGAUCUCCUUCUUCAUUUUGGCCAAUGCUAAUCAACGAACAUGAGAUUCCGGUUCUUUCCCCUAUGAUGGAAUUCUUUAACAAAUGACUAACAUUAAAAUAAAAUACGAUUAAAAUAGAUACGAUACGAUAGAUAUCAAAAUAA